GUGGAAAUAGGGGAAGGGGUCAGAUUUAUCCUGAUGGUAGCAAAAGUAACAAUACAGUUUAUAAUGCUACGGCAGGAGGGAUAAUAAGCAAAAUUUUACGAAAAGAAAAAGGGGGAUACGAAAUAACCAUAGUGGAUGCAUCGAAUGAACGCCAAGUAUUUGAUAUUAUCCCUCGAGGCCUAGAACUUCUUGUUUCAGAGGGCGAAUCCAUUAAACUCGAUCAACCAUUAACGAGUAAUCCUAAUGUGGGUGGAUUUGGUCAAGGGGAUGCGGAAAUA